CGGCCAUAAGGCCACUCACACAUGCAUGCUCACGCACAUGCAGCCACCAGCUCAUAUGCAUAUAUACCAAGUCAGAUGCCUAUGGCACCGACUCCAGAUACAGCUACAAGAGCAUUUUUUACUGCCCGAUGUACAACCCAGAUAUAUAACCAGACAUACAGAAGUAGAGGUAUUAUCUCUUCGGAGAGCCCCGAACCUGGGUAAACUACCGCGUGCUAUUCGCAUACCCGCUUCCGGGCCUAUCAGCAUCACUCUUGCCCUCACACGAAGCCACCUUGUGGCAUAUGUCGUCUUGCACCCCCGUGAGAAUACCACGACAUUUGACGCCCACCGUGGGGCGGUACUAUGCUACCGCGCUGUUGCUGGUUUCGCAGUCCGGGCGGGACCAUCUUCGUCUUCACCGCCGCAGCGUCGCGCCGUCUCUCCGUAGCGCUCGGGGGCUCGACUUCGACCCGCCCCCAAAGCGGCCGCGCGGGACGGCGCAUCCCCGUCGUCGGCCUCGCCGCCUUCGUCAUCAUCACCGUUGCGACGCCGGCUAUCCGUCCGCGCGCGCGCCGCGCGUGGUUCUUCGCUUCGGUCGGCCUUGUCUGUCCACGCGUUGCUCGCGUCUGCUUUCCUUCGCGUCUCGCCUUGCUCCGGCCGACACACACAUACACUCAUCCAUAUAUUGUCUAUGCAAGCUAGCUAGCUGCUAAGUCAAACAAUAGUCAAACAGUCAAACCAUUGGCCAUACGCUAGCAAAAUACUACCCAGACUGCCCCAUACAGACAUACUCAUCCCAAACCAUGCUCGUACACUAGCCAGGCUGUAGUUGGACAGUGCUUGUGCAUUUAUCGGAUAAUGGCCAUGCGGAGCAUCGCUCUCCGCUCUGCUCCAUCCCGGCCGCGGGUCUCUCCGCGUGCGCCCUCGCGGCCGGCUCCCGUCCCGCUGCCGGCCUUCGCCGCGCGCGUCAGGUCCCCACUCGCUGGCCGCCUCGCCCUCCCGCGCGACCGCUGGCCGGGUCCCACGCGGGCCUAUGCCUCGCAACCGCUGCCGUCCGGCUGCUCUGCAUCGACCGCCAGCGUGCCUGCUGGCCAAAUCCGGCUCCAGCGCCUCCACCAACCGGAGCCGGCUGCCGCCCGUCGCCGCUCUCACUGCUGGGCCUCGCGUGCCGCUCUGCCGUGGCUGCGUUCCGCUCGCCGCCUCGCCGUUCCAUCCGGCUCCGCCCCCGAUCCGCCUCGCGUGCCCCGCGCCUGCGUCGCCAGCCCGGCCUCGCUGGCUCCGGCU